AAAUAAAUUAUUUAUUCUAAUUAAUUGUUAUUUCCAUCAAAUUUUUUUUAAUUUAUGUUGCUUGAAUUUGUUCGUGCUUAGCCAAAGACAUAUACCCAAUGCUAUGUCGAAAGUUAAGUAAUUUAUAUGCUUCGUGAUUGGAUAUUUGCGCGCGCGCGCACGCAAGCACGCACACACACAUUUAUUGAUACAUUAUGUAUAUAUAUAUAUAUAUAUGCAUUUAUAUACAAAUUUUGUAAAAUGAAUACUUAUAAUUCUUAUUCGUUAACAUAAAUUGAAAAAAAUAAUUAUUUUAUCCUGCUUUUUCCUGCUUCCAUUUAAUAUAAACUAAUAAAAAAAAUUAAACAAUUUCAUAAAUUUUUUGUGUUUAUUUUAUAUUUUAUUUUUAAUUAAAAAUUAAUAUCUUAAAUUAUAAUUAAAAAUUAAAUAUAUAUAUAUAUAUUUUGUAUUGUAACUAAUAUUAAUUCGUUUAAGAUUGAAUAUAUUGGAUAAAUAUUGGAUUUCUGCUUCGUUAUCAAGGUUUCUUAAGAUCAUAAAUUACACUAAAAAUAGUGGCGAUAAACGUAGAACAUGUUGAAAUUAAAUUGGCUUUUAGUUUUAGCAUUUCAAAUGCUUAUAAUAACAAAUAUAGAAGGUUCCAUAGGUGAUAAAUCUCAAUUUUAUAAUUUAUGUUUUGAAAAAUGUCUUGAUAGUAAUUGUGAUAGAGAUAAAAAAUUUAAAGAAUUACCUUCUUUAUCAUUAAGAUUACUAUUUUGGUCUUGUACAGAAGAUUGUAGUUAUAGAUGCACUUGGAAGACAGUUGAUUAUUUUAUAUCUCAUGGUUUAAAAGUUCCUCAAUUUCAUGGAAAGUGGCCAUUUAUUCGUCUUUUUGGUUGUCAAGAACCUGCUUCUGUUAUAUUUUCUAUAUUAAAUUUUUAUGCUCAUAUUACUAUGUAUUGGAAAUUUAAAAAAAAAUAUGGAUCAACUUAUCCUAUGUUUUAUAUAUGGACUUAUUUCAGUCUGGUAUGCAUGCAUGGUUGGUUUUGGUCAUUUAUUUUUCAUGCAAGAGAUAUUCCAUUUACUGAAGUAAUGGAUUAUUCCUCUGCUUUUAUUAUGGUUCUUACAUUACUAUAUUGUAUGUUAUUAAGGAUAACUUAUAAAAAUAAUAAGUUUUUUGCUGUGAUUACAUGUGGAUAUCUUAGCACUUUAUAUUCACAUUUAUCUCAUUUAUGGUCUGGUUAUAUUAAUUAUGACUAUAAUAUGAAAUUUAAUAUAGUUAUAGGUUUUUUAACAUUUGUUAUAACAAUGACAUGGUGGCAUCGUAAUAAAAAAAAAUUAUCUUAUGUAUACUUGAUUGGUUGGUUCAAUAUAUUAACAGUUUUUGUUACUAUAUUAGAAAUAGCAGAUUUUGCACCUAUUUUUUGGAUUUUUGAUGCUCACUCUUUAUGGCAUGCAAGUACAGUUCCACUUACAAUAUUAUUGUAUAAGUUCAUGAUGGCAGAUUGUUCUUAUUUGAGUACAUAUUAUAAUAAAUUGACAUUAAAUAUUGAUUAUCAUAUACAUUAAUAUUUAAUAAUAUAUUUUUAAUGAUGAAAUAAUGAAAUAUAAUGUGAAAUAUAAUUAAAAAUAAUAAUUAUUAUUAUUUUACAAAAUAUUAAAUAUUAUUUUAAAAAUAUUUUUUAUUGAUUUGUAAUGUAAAUAUUUAAUUUAUAUAUCUUUAGAACCAUAUUCCUUGUUGUAAAAAAUUUUGUUUAUAAAGUUGAUAGUAAAUAUUUUAUAUUAAAUAAUAUUUAUAAAACAAAAAUAUUUUUUUUUAUAUAUUAAUUAAAUUUGCGAAUUAUAUCUAAUUAUUUUAUUGCAAAAAUUAUUGUAAAAAAUUUAAUAUAAAGAUAUAAAUAAUAAAUCAUUAUUAUAAUUAUUACUUUAUUAUAACGAUAUAAAAAUCAUAAUAAAGUCUGAAAUUAUAUUAAA